CCCGCUCUCUCCCCGUCUCUCCCGGUCUCUUUUUCUCUAUCUAUCUAUCUAUCUAUCUAUCUCUAUCUCCGACGUAUUCGUGCAAGGCGAGAAUAACGAAAUUAACAACGUCUACGACGUUGGCUACCGCAUGGAGGAUUUGCGAUGCAAAUAUGUACGAUAUGUCCGCGACGAAUGUAAUUAGGCGCGUUACGACGGCGUUGCAGGUUAGGGCGGCUUCUUUUCGGCUUUCCCCUUGAGACGAGCCCGCAAAGCAACGCCGGCCUUAUCGUCGCUUGUAAAUAUCCGAUUCAUCCGCCGGGGAAAAUUAAGGCGCGCGAUAAAGCGGCGCUAUCGCGCGCGCCGAAAGAGCUGCGGAGCAGCGAGACGACCGCGUGCGCGCGAAUACGCCUAAACGCGCGCGCGCGCGUGUAUUCGCCGUGCCCAUAAAUAACGCGCCUGCAUGCGUGCGUGCGCGAGUUUAACGAGUUUUACGUAUGCACGCCGGAAGCUGUAUACGCGCGAUAAUCGUAAAACUGCCUGACGGACACGCGUCGGAAACGACGACGGUGUUUUCGUGGGCGCUUCUCUUCUCCGCGUCCAAGUUUGAACGAGUUUGCUUUCUCUCGCGCGCGCGUUACCCAGUGCGCGAUAGUACCGCGCGGAAUAUACGCUCCGGAUGCGAGCGCGAUCGUCGCCCGCCGCGCUUUCACGUCGACGAGCGAGCCCUAACCGAACACGACUUCGCGCAUUGUCGUCACGGCAUUUAUGGUUGCGUCGAAGAUGGAAGGACGACGAACGAUACUACCAGGACGUUAUACUACACGAGCUCUCCGGGGGUCUGUGGGCCAUUUUCAGAAUACAGUCUCUCACAUAGCCCUUCAGUGGAAGAUGUAGCCAUGGCUUUCGGUUUCUAGACAGCAACUUCCGUCCUAUUAUACGCUUCUAGAAAGCAUGCGAUCUCCCUUGCAGUAUGCCUGGCAGAAGUUUGCAAACAACAUAAAAAGUCCGGCCCGCCCUAGUCGAUCAGACUCAUACAUCUUUCCGAACAAUUGGACCCGGAAUUGAAUCGCUGCUUUAUAGCGCUUCGGUUAUUAAAAACAUUUGUAAAAAAAAACUGAAUAAAUAAAUGGCACAUACAAAAUGUAAA